UGGUGCCGCGCUCCGUUUCUUUGUAGUAAAAUACCGGCAAGAGCCCCUCGUGAGCAUCUUUAUUCACAGCAUGCAAUCUUCCUUGCGCGCACGACGUGGUGUGGCUCCCCGGAGAAAAGCUGCCGUCGGUCGGUAUCAACUGGUCCUCGCUAUUACGUUGUCCGUCGCCUUGACCGGUCUCGUGACAACUCAAUUUGUGCUGUCGACUUCGUUGUAUUCCACUCAAGAAAAGCAGCAACGACAGCAGCACAAGAGCCACGCAAAGGGACCUAAUCCAUCCAAUCUAAGGACCGAUUCUUUCCCGAGAGAGCAGUUGCACGUAGUUGUGCCGGAAGAACAGAAACAAUCAGAGCGGCGAUUGAACGAAAGCAGUCGGGAACACGAAUCUCGAGAGAAUGACCAUGAAGACGAGCAAAAGACCCGGCCCGAUUCAGAGAAGAAAGAUGAUCUUCUUACGCAGCAGGACCAAAAGACGACGAAACGAAACGAACAUGGUCCUGCUCAGGAAGGCAUCCGCAAGCACAAGACUGACCACGAGGCUCCCGAAAAGGUGGAAUCGCCAGUGGAUGAGGACCAUGAAGUCCAAAAGGCACACAGAGAAACAGUGCAAAAAUUCGUCGACGACCGAAGAGUUCGCCUCAAGCACAGAAUCUCUCGACCCAAAGUGGCCAGGGCUGCAUCACCGCCUGAGGUGGAACCGCAAAUUGAGGUUGCUCCGCCACCCGAAAAGCGACCUUAUGACAUUCUGGAUGAUCCCUUGCAAAAUCCAGAUUUCAACAAACCCUCGAAGCCGUUGAACUUCACGGCCGCUGUACCAUAUUUGGGUGUACUGAUUGACGGGGGGCGUCAUUUCUUUCCAAUGGACUGGAUGAAACGAGCCGUUGAUCGCCUUUCUGAUUUGCGCUAUAAUUUGAUUCACUUGCGUCUUACGGACGACCAAGCCUUCAACGUUCUAUUGGAUUCUCAUCCCGAGCUCGCUUAUCCCGCCGCCGUCAACAACCCACACCAGCAAGUUUGGACGGCCAGCGAAUUGCGUGACUUGACCGCUUACGCGAAAUCCAAAGGAGUAAGCAUCAUGCCCGAAGUCAACGUUCCCGGACACGCCGGUGCCUGGGCCGGUAUUCCUCACCUAGUCGUGCACUGUCCCGAAUUCAUCUGCCAAAGAGGCUACGGAUUGCCACUAAAUGUAACCCAUCACGAUCUCAAACCUAUCUUGACGAGUAUCUUGAAGGAAGUCGUCGACAUUUUUGAUGAUCCGCCCUUUCUACAUUUGGGUGGGGAUGAAGUCAACAUGGCCGGCCCCUGUUUUAACGAAGUUCGCAGUCCCGUCUUUAAUUACACGGCUUUCGAAGUUGUUCUUAAAGAAAUCAUUGCCGAUGUAGGCUACCCCGAAAAGCAAGUGGUUCGUUGGGAAAUGACCGGGCAGGCUAAUUUGGAACGCGCUGGCGGUGUGGAACAAUUUUGGGAGUCGUAUCCGGGAGAACGGCACAAGGCUGCGGGACCUUUUUUCAUUUCGAACCGUUUGUAUUUUGAUACAAACCAGGAUCAAAAUGCGUACGAAGUUUGGCAGAAUACCCGACGGUUUUAUGUAAAUGAUUACCAGCCCGAGGCAGUUCCAACCGCCAUUAUUGCCGGCACCUUUGAGUUGUCGACGACUUGGUGGUACGAUCGCAAUAUUUUGGGACGUUUGUUGGCUGUUGCGUUGGGUGCCCGAAACGAAACUCUACCAAAGACGAUGAAGGACCAAGACCAUGAGAAAAUGGUGCUUGAUCAAUACCAAGUUUUCUGCGACCAGUUAGGAUAUAGCCAGGCAAUUUGCGAAACCAACGGUGGCCCGAUCAUCCCUACCCCGGAGUACAAAAAGAAAUGGGGUGACGGUUGGGUAGUUUGGAAGGCGCACAUCUGUGAACGCAUGACGACGACUGAGGUAACCAAGGCAAUGCGACCCCGCUCUAGCGACCGGGUCGCCACGCAGGCGAACAGCUACUUUUGGAACGUAUUUGGAUUUCCUGCGCACACACACACGCGAGUGGGCCAGCAUCCAACGUUGCCAGACGAUCUCCAGGCCCUCCAGCGACAUUUAAUUCCUCAUUGUGGCGUUAUGUUGGAUACGACCAGAUCCCUGGUUCCAGCGGAUCGGUUGGGAACGAUUUUGACCGACACCGUUGCAAAAUUGGGUUUCAACAUAGCCCAGCUGCGUUUGGUCAGCAACAAGGGCUUCACGUUUGCUCCGAGUAGUCUACCGCAUACUGUAGGCCAUUCGUUACUAGCAACGAAGGAGAUCAAGGUAUACACUAGGAGUGACUUGAUGGGUACCGUUGCUAAAGCGAGUGCGGUGGGAAUCCAAAUGAUCCCCGAAAUCAGCAUGACGACAGGAAGUGCUGGUUGGUACGAGUCGGGCUAUCUAGCGAAUUGUCCAAACCGUCUGUGUGAAAUUGGUGACGCGUCGAUUGACGUGACGAACCCGUUCUUACCACCCACCGUGUACUCGUUGAUCUACGAGUUGCGUUCCAUUUUCAGCAGCAGUCCCUAUAUUCAUCUCGGUUCGGACGAGCGUCAAGACGCGGCAGCUUGCUACCAAGAAGCCAAUCCCACGUUCCACGCGGACGUGGGAGCGUUCGAGCGCAAAAUGGUCAAAGUCUUGGAGGCGAGCGGGAUUGCGAACGAUUCUGUACUGCGGUACGCCAAUUCGCAAGGCGAGGUGUACAGCGACCGGACGGGUGGCGUCACACACUACGGUCCGGACCAUGCGACGGAGAUUCCUGCGGACGCACCAAUAUUUGUGAGUGUGGAUUUGUUGCGGGACGAUGGGUGGACAUUGUACCAGCGGGUGAAGGAACUCGUAUCGAAAAAGCCGUUGGGCAUCUUGGCGGAAAUCCGUACGUUGACGGCUCCCCGUUGGGAAGGCCUGGAGAUUCCGGAACGUUUGCUGGUGUACGCCAUGGCCGUAUCGGAAUUGCCCACGUACGCGAACGCGGCGGCACUGGGCGAGCGGUACGGGGAGCUUUGCCGGGCGUUAUCGGAUCGAUUGCCGGGAUUGGGUCGUCGGCACGAUUGCGCGUUGCCGGGUGUCGUCUCGGGGAAGGUGACGUUUUUGGCCGACACGAGUACCUUUGUGCAGCAGCAGUGUCAAAUGGCGACGUAUCCCGUGACGCAACACCACGCCAAGUUGGUAGCACCCCGGUACAACGCGACCGAGUGGGAGCAACUGCGCGGGGCGCCCCGCGUGUUUCCGGCGGCGGGUCGGGAUCCCCAGCGGCAUCACCCCGUCGUCAUCGGGCAUGGAAAAUCGGGGGACGAGUCCCCGGUCGAGUCCGUAGCUAGCUAGCUAGCUAACUAACUAGGAGUAAACGAUGAGUGCAUGGAUGAGAGAGA